AUGAAACCUGAUAUUAAAUGGUGUAGCCAGACUUCAUUUCUUCUUUUUCUUCCCUCUCAGACCUUCACUGCCUGGUGCAACUCUCACCUGCGUAAGGCAGGGACACAGAUUGAGAACAUUGAGGAAGACUUCAGGAAUGGACUCAAACUCAUGCUGCUGCUGGAGGUUAUCUCAGGUGAGAGACUCCCUAAACCAGACAAAGGCAAAAUGCGUUUCCACAAGAUCGCCAACGUAAACAAGGCCCUGGAUUACAUCAGCAGCAAGGGAGUGAAACUGGUCUCCAUCGGUGCUGAAGAGAUCGUGGAUGGUAAUGUGAAAAUGACCCUCGGUAUGAUCUGGACUAUCAUCCUGCGCUUUGCUAUCCAGGACAUUUCAGUGGAGGAGACCUCUGCUAAGGAGGGCUUGCUUGCUGUGGUGUCAGAGGAAGACAGCCCUCUACAGGAAUGUCAACGUGCAAACUCCACAUCAGGUGAUUUCUGCUUGACUCCUGUUGAGAGAGCGGCAUCUUGGGCUUAA